CUCAGUACAGAAGAAGAGUCUUCUCCUUGUUUGUAGACGUCUCUGUUUCAGUUUUAUUCUUUUUAAAAACCUUGAUAAUCUGAAGAUGUCGGAUUUACGCUCAGAGCUGCAGAAGUUUCUGGAAACUUUAAACAUCCAAACCACGUGUGUGGAGCAUCCUCCGGUUUUCACGGUGGAGGAGAUGAUGCCUCACCUGCAGGACAUGAGUGGAGCCGUCACUAAGAACCUCUUCUUGAAGGACAAGAAGAAGAAAGGGCUGUGGCUGGUGUCGGCUCGUCACGACCGUCAGGUGAACCUCAAUGACCUCGCCAAGAAGCUUGGUGUCGGCAGUGGCAACCUGCGCUUCGCGGACGAGGCGGCCAUGUUGGAGAAGCUCAAGGUGGGUCAGGGAUGUGCGACGGCUCUCGCUCUGCUCUUCGAUAAAGACCAGAGUGUGAAGUUCGUCCUGGACCGGGACCUGGUGGAGGGCGGCCAUGAGAUGGUCUACUUCCACCCAAUGACCAACGCUGCCACCAUGGGGCUCCGACCGGACGACCUGCUGCGCUUCCUGAAGGAGACGGGACACGAACCCGUCCUGGAGAGCUUCGAGUAGGAGAGAGCCGGACCCUGGACGUCGAGAGGCGUUUAAAACCAGGAUCCGGCUUCAGGAUGAGAGUGAGUCAGAGUCGUGUCCCGACAUGGAGGCGACCUGAAGAGACUCGAGCGGAACUUGACUGUUUCUGCCUCAAAUAUUUAAAAAUGUCAAAAUGAAACACUAACAUUUUAAAGUCUAAAUCAAGAAGAGAAGCUUCUCCUCUGCGGUGUUGACGAGUUCAAAUGAAACAGCUCAGUCAGAAUAACUGGUUUCUAAUGAAGUCGUCUUCAUUUGAAAUCAGCUUCACAGAAUUAUUUAUUUUGAUUAAAAAAUAAUUCUUAAAAAAUCUUCUCUUGUUUUUCAACUGUUUCUCAUUUUUCUGUUACUUUGUAAAAGAUGGAGUCUGUUAAAAAAACAAAACAUUGACAGGUUUUAUUUGAGUAAACACUGAGUUAACUUAUAUCUGUGGAUCUUUUUCUUUUUACUCACAGAAACUAAAACUAUACCGCAAUAAAACUAUUUAAUGAGUUUUUUCUUCUGAUGUUAGUGAGAGAGUUGACAGUGAAGCUCUGACUCUGUCGUCCUUCUCACUGAACUGAAUUAUUACCCAUGAUCCUCUGCUUCCUGAACCAGAGGAGCUGCCACCAAACUCUGUUUAGAAUUCUUCAUAUUGUCAAAGUUUCCUGCUGAAUAUUGGAGAUAAAGUCAGUUUUUUUUAACUUCAGAGUCUUUUUAACUGAUCUACAAUUCAGCUUCUCUCUUCAACUGGCUGGACCUGAUUCUGUUGAACCUGUGACUAAAUCGUGAUCUUCAAAGUUUCCCACAAUAACAAACACAGACACACACUAUCCACCUGCAUUGUGGGAAAAUUGAGGUUGCAGCAUGUUUCGGAUUUUAACUCGUAAUAUGGUCAUAACAUCAGGAUGCAUAUUUUUUUAACUAAAACUUUGCAUCUAGAAUUUAUAAGAUACUAAAGGUUAAAAGUUUCAAAAGCUUCAGAUCAAAAAUAUAUCAGACACACACACCUCCCCCUGUCUCUCUUUGUGUGUGUGACGCUCUCUCUCUCUUCCUCUCGCUGCAUUCCUAAUGAGUCUGUGUAUUGUUGCAUUGUUGUGUAAAAUUAGCAAAUGAAUAAAGGUAACACACUGACA